AUUUCUGAUUAAAAUGAUUAAAAUUAAAUAUUAGUAAUGAAGCUUGAAAAAAAUCUAGCAGGAAUUACUGUUUUGUUGGAUCUUAUAAAUUUUCAUAAACUUGACUAAGCACCACCCUUUCUGUGCCCUCAAAUAUGUGAUUGUAGAAUUGAAAUAGGGACAUUUGCUUUCCCUGGCCCUGUGUUCCCUCCUUUCCCCAAAAUAUAAAGAGUAGCUCAGUGUUGUUUGAUUUGAUUUAUUCCCUUAUUAUUUUGCUAGUUUUAAUAACAAUUUGCUUUUACUUUUUCAGUCUCGGAGAAACCUGUGUGAAGAGGCUUUGUUAAAAAUUAAAGGCGUUAUUAGCUUUACUUUUCAAAUGGCUGUUCAAAGAUGUGUGGUGCGAAUCCGUUCAGAUCUGAAAGCAGAGGCUUUGGCAUCAGCAAUAGCAUCAACCAAGGUUAUGAAGGCUCAGCAAGUUGUGAAAAGCGAAAGUGGAGAAGAGAUGCUGGUCCCGUUCCAAGACACGCCUGUGGAAGUAGAACAGAACACAGAGCUGCCCGACUACCUGCCUGAGGACGAGAGUCCCACAAAGGAGCAGGACAAAGCAGUGUCCCGGGUGGGCUCACACCCAGAGGGUGGAGCUAGCUGGCUGAGCACAGCUGCAAACUUUUUAUCCAGAUCGUUUUACUGGUGACUUCAGUUUGGGGCUCAAGGACUGUGUAAACGAACAAGGGGCCAGUUUUCCAUUGUUGUGGUGAACUGUCAAGUGCAAUUUGCAAUAAGUUAUCAUGAAAAGUUUCUAGAUUACAUGAUUAAGAAUGCUGCAUUUUACAUUUUACUGGACAUUUUACCCCACUAAGUGGUAAAAAGGACAGAGGCUACAGGUGGAAUUGCUUUGUUUAUGAAGGUGUUUUGGUUUCCUUUGUUUAAAUUGCCUCACUUUUUAAAAAAACAUGGGUCCACUGUUAAACCAAACAUGUAUUUGUGCAGCUUUACAUUUUAUUUUACACAAAGCACGUGAUUAGGAAAACUUGUUUUCUCAAGCCUCAGGACCUAUCUGAAGAGAAGUUUUUUGUUUUUUUUUUUUUUUUAGCUCAAGUUGUGCAUGAAUUACUGAACACUUUUCUCUGCCUUUUCUUGUGAAAGAUACUUGCUUUGGUACUCUUUCUUUCUCGUGAAAGAUACUUGCUUUGAAAGCAUUUCUCAUAAUUCCCCUUUUGUGCCUUUUUUUUUUGCCAACCAUGUUUAUAGAAAGGACGUUACUAGUGACAUUUUGUGAAUUAAAACAUAUUCAUUGCAACGUAACAAACCCCUAAAAAUACAACUGUACAAAAACUUGGCAGUCUUAUUUGUUAUAAUUUUUUAAAGAUUAACACAAAAUCAGUCGAGAAGGAAACAUGUAUAUCAGCAAAGUGUUCUUGGAGACUAUUUGAAUGUGACCAAACGUGGUCCUAGCUGACUACUGUUCAGUUUGGUUUAUAUCAGCUCUUGAGAAUUAUGUCCACCCUAAUAUUGGGAGUGACUGUAAAUGGUCUCUAGGCCUUACUUUGUGAUUACACACUAUCCCCUGCUAAGAAAAAAAAAAAAAAAAAAAAAAGUAGUAAA